GCUGAACACUAAAGGCGUUGAAGAGAUCGUUUGGCGGUUAGUUGGAGUUUUCGCGUGUUCCAAUGGCCAAGAGAACGAAAAAGGUUGGUAUCGUUGGGAAGUACGGUGUUCGGUAUGGUGCUUCUCUCAGAAAAACAAUCAAGAAGCUCGAAGUUAGUCAGCACUCCAAGUACAACUGCCAUUUUUGUGGGAAGGAUUCACUGAAAAGGAAAGCCGUUGGUAUUUGGGAAUGUAAAGCUUGCAAAAAAGUUCUAGCUGGAGGUGCUUACGUCUGCAGUACAACUGCUGCUGCUACUAUCCGGGCUGCCAUCAGACGUUUGAGAGAUACACAUGAAACAUAAGCUGUACAUGUGAAAAUAUAUGAUGCGAUUCGUGAAAUUGUUACCGCUUUUUAAAUGAAUGGCUGUUGAGUCUAUACUGAAUGCAUUUGUUUCUUAGCUAGGUUCUGGCCGCCAGUUAGGCUUACGUUUGUUGGUGAGGAAGCAACAUGCAUCAACUGCCUUGGGUGUUGUAAACGGGAUAUGUAGUUUGAGUGAUUUACACUGCUGUUGCUGUGUGUCAGUCUCGGCAAACAACUAGGGAUCCUCCAAACAAAAUUUACUUGUUAUGUUCGCCUUGUGAGCGCCGUUUGAGAAAUCUGGUUAGCUCUUUUAUAAUAACUGGCCGUGAUCAACCCUGAUGAGCCAGCUGACCUCAAGCUUGCAGUAUCUCUAAGUUAAUUCUAACCUAUGCAUGGAUAAUGCCUUUUAAUGGUUAUGGCUAUUUUACAAACCUAAAUUGAGCGUGGUCGUUUCUAUAAAGAGUACUGUACGCUUAUAAAAGGCAAC